AUGGCUGUUGUAGUUGAGGUGGUUGUUGUGGUUGAGGUGAGAACGAUGAAUGUUGUUGGGGUUGGGGUGGCUGUUGUAGUCGAUGUGGUUGUUGCAGUUGAGAUAAGCAUAAUAAAGGUUGUUGUGGUUGGGGUGGCUGUUGUAGUUGAUGUGGUUGUUGCGGUUGAGGUGAGAAUGAUGGAUGUUGUUGUGGUUGGAGUGGCUGUUGUAGUUGAGGUGGCUGUUGCGCUUAUCACUUGCUACACGAUAAAAUUUGAUAAGGAUGAAGGUGUAUCAAAGAAUGAUUUCAAGUUGUAUGUGAAUGAAGUAGCUGUGGAAGAAGAAAAAAACAUGAUUGAACUUGGCGAGGACAAGGUAGAGAGUAGAACGGUGAAGAUUCCAAAGAAACAAUUCUCUUUAGUAACUGAAAUUUCUAAACCAAUUAAAUCUCCAACCAACAGUAUAAAUGACAAUAAAAUUAAAGACAACAAUAAUGAAGAUGAUAUUUCAAAAGCUCAAAAACCCGAGUACAUAAUCACAGAACAUAAUAUUAACAAUCUAUACUAUUUAUCAAUACCAAAUUGA